AUGCCAAGUCAAUAUAUUUUGGUUAAAGAUGUUGUCCCUCUAAAUAGAGAGAGGGUCAUUCGAAUUAGGUGUGUGAGAGUUUAUGAAAUACCUGAAAGGAGAGGUGCGAAACAGAUGAAGAGUAGAGAGCUUGUGGUAUGCGAUGAAGAGGGAACAUUUAUUCAUGUAAACAUGCAAAACUCUGAUGUAGACAAAUACAAGAAUGUGUUCAAGAAAGGGAAGCUAUAUUCUCUGAAAAAUUUUCUGGUCUUCAGUCAGUACUAUAUGUAUAGGACUUGUGACCAUCGGUAUAUGAUAAGGUUGAACUACAAUACUCAGGUCAAGGCAAUCAAAUCCAGGGGGUUUCCUACCAACAUGUUUCAGCUUAAACCCUACCAAUGUCUUAAAGAUCCAACAUUGGUGAAUGACAAAGUCAUGUUUGAUGUUAUAGGCAGAGUCAUUGAGAUUCAUGCACCAUUAGACAAAAUAAUAGGUGGGAAACCAGCCAAACUAAUAGAUUUCAAGAUAGCAGACAAUGAGGGAAAUCAGUUGAAAUGCACUGUUUGGGAUAACCAUGUAGCUUCCAUGCUACCAUUUUACAAUUCAGAUCUGAAAGAACCAGUUGUUGUGGUUAUUCAGCUAUGCAGGGCAAAAAUUGUGAACACAAGUUCCUACGAUGCUACUAAGCUUUACUUGAAUGCCUCUUAUCAGGAAGUUGAAGAUUUCAAAGCCAAGAUCACAACUGUUCACAGUCCUUUGAGAAGUAUUACCACAAGUGCAGUUAUGUCCCAGUCCACUGGCAUUUCAGAAUUCAAGAGUGGAUCUCUAACUGUCACCUCAGUUGGUGAUUUAUUGAAAAGCAAACAGGAUGGAGAUUUUUAUGUUCCAGCACAGAUUGUAGGAAUUGAGGGUUCAUUUGGUUGGAUGUAUCUAUCUUGCAUGACUUCAGGUUGCAACAGAAAACUGAAACCAGAUGGUGAGGAUCUAAUUUGUUCUAAUUGUGAUAAAAAGUUCAAGGAAGGAAUGGCUAGAUUUAGGGUGAUUGUGAGGGUUAUGGAUAAAGGUUUAUCAGAUGCUCCAUUCCUUUUAUGGGAUAGGGAGUGUUCAGAGUUGGUAGGAAUUCCUGCUAGCCUCCUUUACAAGAAAUAUAACAAGAUAUUCCCAAAGAGUUGGAAUCACUUAUUGGAUUGUCAAUGA